AUGUCAGGCCCUCAGUGCUGCUCAAACCCACCAGCCCUGAACCCAUCAAGUGGCUCCGGCCAUGUUGAAAAGCUUGGUGGUUUCAAUUCCUAUGUCACUGGCUCCCCUGACUCUAAGCUUGCCAUUCUUCUCGUCCAUGACGCUUUUGGAUAUGAAACUCCAAAAGCUAGGAAGCUCGCGGACAAAAUUGCAGCUGCUGGGUUCAUUGUUGUGCUCCCUGACUUCUUCAACGGAGACCCUUUUGAUGGGAACCUUGCCUCUCUCCCUGUUUGGAUAAAAGCUCAUGGAGUGGACAAGACAAUCGAAGAUGCAAAACCAGUAAUCGAAGCUUUAAAAAGUAAAGGCGUUUCUGCAAUUGGUGCUUUGACAUUGGUUUAUUUGCCAUGUUCCAACUUCCCAGGCAAGGGUGUGGUUGAACUUGCAAAGCAUGACUUUAUCCAAGCUGCUGUUCUGUGCCAUCCUUCAUUCGUCACUGUGGAUGAUAUCAAAGCUGUUAAAGUUCCCAUUUCUGUACUUGGAGCUGAGAUUGAUCAGCUGUCUCCACCAGAAGUCGUGAAGCAAUUUGAAGAGGUUCUAUCUGCAAAACCUGAGAUUAAAAGCCAUGUGAAGAUAUUCCCAAAAGUGGUACAUGGAUGGACCUUGAGGUACAACGAUGAAGACGAAGCAGCUGUUAAGGCUGCAGAGGAGGCUCAUCAAGACUUGCUGGGGUGGUUCUUGAGCCAUGUCAAGUGA